UAUUUAAUGGAAAUUUUGCUGUGGGAUUACAAAAACACGAUACGAAAGAGAGAGAGAGAGAGAUAGCUCUGAGUUCAAACCCUAGAUUUCGAGAUCGAUCUCUCUGCUUUUCUCGUGAAGACACAGCUUUCAGCUCCUCGAUUUCUAUGUUUAUCUUCUAGAUCCUCCUUUUCACUCUCACCCUAGAUUCAUCUCGGGUUUUUUCCGAUCCUGUUCUACCGGAGCUUGGAGCUACCGGAUCUCAUGGAGUGAAACCUGGUUAUUUCGCGACGUUUUUGUAGCUGUGAAGACCUUCGGAGAGGAGAUUUGGAGACAUCAACGGCGCCAUCACAAGCGAUCUACUCGAUUUUUGAUUCAAUCACGAACGUUCUCUCGUGCUUGAAUCUGUAAGAACUUGUCCAGGAUUUGUAGAUUUGGAUUGGCACGCGUGGAGAGGUUUCUUCUGUGGAGUCGAAUCAGGCGAAGUAAACAUAAUAAAAAAAAUUGAAUUUUUAGAUAUACAAAAUUUCUCAAUGGCAAUUUAUUACAAGUUUAAGAGUGCAAGGGAUUAUGAUACCGUUGCCAUGGAUGGUCCUUUUAUAUCAGUCGGUAUUCUCAAAGACAAAAUUUUCGAAACUAAGCAUUUGGGCACUGGUAAAGACCUUGAUAUUGUCGUCUCCAAUGCCCAAACUAACGAAGAGUAUCUGGAUGAAGCAAUGUUAAUCCCAAAGAAUACAUCUGUCCUCAUUCGUCGGGUUCCUGGACGCCCUCGCAUCACUGUUAUUACUACCCAAGAGCCUAGAGUUGAGAAUAAAGUGGAAAACGUUCAGGCUGAAACCACUAAUAUUCCUGUUGCCGAUCCAUCUGCAGCCAAAUAUCCUGAAGAUGAAUGGGACGAGUUUGGGACUGAUUUAUAUUCGAUUCCUGAUGCCCAAGAGGCCCAGCAUAUUAAGCCAGGUCCUGAUCUUGCACCAGCAGACGAAAAAGUAGAUGAAGAAAGCAAAAUUCAGGCGCUCAUCGACACUCCAGCACUUGACUGGCAACGACAAGGUCCAGAUACUUUUGGGGCUGGGAGAGGUUACGGAAGGGGUAUGACUGGAAGAAUGAAUGGACGUGGUUUUGGAAUGGAAAGGAAAACACCUCCUCCGGGAUAUGUCUGCCAUCGUUGCAAUGUCCCUGGACAUUUUAUUCAGCAUUGCCCCACUAAUGGUGACCCUAACUAUGAUGUUAAGAGAGUUAAACCACCUACCGGUAUCCCCAAGUCCAUGUUGAUGGCAACUCCAGAUGGUUCUUAUUCCUUGCCAAGUGGCGCAGUUGCAGUUCUGAAACCAAAUGAGGAUGCUUUUGAGAAGGAAAUGGAGGGAUUACCAUCAACAACACGCUCUGUAGGAGAACUUCCGCCUGAAUUAAAAUGCCCAUUAUGCAAAGAAGUAAUGAGAGAUGCUGCGCUUACAAGCAAAUGUUGUUUCAAGAGCUUCUGUGACAAGUGUAUCAGAGAUCACAUUAUUUCAAAGUCAAGGUGUGUUUGUGGAGAAACUGAUGUCCUUGCUGACGAUCUUCUACCAAACAAGACCCUCAGGGAUACGAUAAACCGUAUUUUGGAAGCUGGAAACGAUAGCACUGAGAAUGCUGGCAGCGUAGGCCAUAUCCCAGGUCCGAAGGUUCUAUCUCCUACUACAUCUGUUGCAUCUAAAGGGGAGAAGAAACCAGCACUUAGUAACAAUAACGAUGCUUCAACCAUAAAGCCACCAAUGGAAACUGCAGAGAUCACAAGUGCCCCUCGGGCGUCUGCUGAAGUUAAUGUGGAAAAGCCAGUUGAUGCAUGUGAAAGCACUCAAGGGUCCGUGAUUGUGAAAGAAGCAACUGUUUCAAAGUUGAAUACGCAAGCCCCCAAAGAAGAAGUGCAGCCGCAGGUUGCUGCUGGAGAGCCAGGAAAAAAGAAGAAAAAGAAACCUAGAGUGCCUGGGAAUGACAUGCAAUGGAAUCCUGUGCCAGAUCUAGCAGGCCCUGACUAUAUGAUGCAAAUGGGACCAGGGCCGCAGUACUUCAAUGGCAUGCAACCAGGCUUCAACGGCGUACAACCAGGCUUCAACGGCGUACAACCAGGCUUCAACGGUGUUCAACCAGGCUUCAAUGGCUUUCACCCUGGCUUCAAUGGGUUUGGAGGGCCUUUUCCAGGCGCAAUGCCUCCAUUUAUGGGUUAUGGAUUAAACCCAAUGGACAUGGGAUUUGGUGGGGGUAUGAACAUGAUGCAUCCAGAUCCAUUCAUGGCACAAGGAUUUGGUUUCCCUAAUAUACCACCACCUCAUAGGGAUCUAGCUGAAAUGGGAAACCGCAUGAAUCUCCAACGCGCCAUGAUGGGCAGAGAUGAAGCGGAAGCCCGAAAAGCUGAGAUGUUAAGAAAACGCGAAAACGAGAGACGAACCGAAGGUGGGAAGAUGUUUAGGGAUGGAGAAAAUAGCAGAAUGAUGAUGAACAACAAUGGGACUUCAGCCUCUGCAUCAUCCGUCAACCCUAACAAAUCUAGACAAGCACCUCCGCCUCCGAAUCACGACUACGACCGUCGGCGGAGACUAUCCCCAGAGCAUCCACCACCGCGUAAAAUCAUCUCCCCGUCGCGCGAUUCCAAGAGAAAAUCUGAUCGUCAUCCCGAAGAAAGAGAUGGGCAACGCGACCGUGAAAGGUCUCGUCAUCAAGACUUAGAACGUGAACACGACCGCACUCGCGACCGUCGCGAUGAAGAAAGAAGCCGUCACCACCGUGGUGAUUCGGAACGCAGCCAGCAUCAGCACCGGAAGAGAUCGGAACCUCGUUCAUCGGAGCCACCAGCGACAAAAGCAGAGAUGAUGAUUGAUAACAAUAGUCACAAGUCAAGCGUGUUCGCUCGUAUAAGCUUUCCGGAGGAAGAAACGUCUUCCGGUAAACGAAGAAAAGUAUCAUCGUCUUCAUCGGCGUCAGUGACGGAUCCGCCAGCAGCCGUCGCGGUGGGAACAUCGGUCCACCGACACAGCAGCCGGAAGGAAGUAGAAGUAGCGGACUAUGAAUCGAGCGACGAAGACAGGCAUUUCAAGAGGAAGCCGUCAAGGUACGAGCGGUCACCACCGGUGGUGGUUGCAGAUGUGAGUGAAGAUAAACAACAUCAUCAUCAUCAUCAUCGAUACUCCUCCAAACGUGGCAAGGGAGAGAGAUCCCGACCUUAGUCUUUUUUUUACGUAUAAUCGGAAGAAAUGAGAAUCUUCUUUACUCUUUGCUGUAUGAACAAAUCAUCAGAGAGUUCUUUUGUCUAUCAUAAAAUGCUUUGUUAAUCUAUUUUUGUAAUGAUUCCAUUGCUUUUAUCUUUCAAAUCUAAUGAUAUGAGAAAUUAUGUCUUCA